AUGAAACGAAGAGAACGUAGCUGGAUUUAUGAAAGGAUGAUUGGGCAAAGUAUUAAUCCAGAGUUCGUGGAAGGGGUUGAUGAAUUCAUUCAGUACGUCACAGAUCAUCCCGAGAGUAGUAACCCGAAUGAAGUUAGGUGUCCAUGUGUUAAAUGUAAGAAUAAACGCCUUUGGGAUGCAGAUACGGUUAAAAUACAUCUGUAUCGCAAGGGUUUCAUACCAAACUACUAUGUGUGGAUGUGUCAGGGGGAAGGGUAUCCGGGAAUUCCUGAACGGCGACCCAAUGAAUAUCGUGACAUGGUUUUCAACACUUUUGGUCAUAGUGAAGAUCAGGGGCACUCAGAUCAGGCUUCUAAAAGUCCAUUAUACGAAGGGAGUUCUUUGUCUGUGUUAGAGAUGGCCGCUAGAAUCACUAGUCUAAAAUGUGAGUAUAAUUUGCCUCACAGAUGUGUUGAUGGGUUUGCUUCUUUGCUAAGUGAGGUGAUUCCGAACAACAGCCAUAUGACCGACACUUUCUACGAGGUGAAGAAGAUUGUGAAGGGAUUGGAACUGUCCCAUCAAAAGAUUCAUGCAUGCCCGAAAGGGUGUAUGUUGUUUUGGAAGGUUGAUGCUCAAUUGUUUGCAUGCAGGGUGUGUGGCAGCGACCGAUACAAGCAGACUUCCAAAGGUAGCCUAGUGCCUUUAAAUGUUCUAUUUUAUUUCCCGAUCACACCCAGGUUGCAAAGACUGUUUGCAACGAAGAACAUUUUGGAGGAAAUGACAUGGCAUUUGAAAAAUCCCAGAGUUCAAGGCACAAUGGCACACCCUAGUGACAACGUAUCUUGGAAGCACCUCGAUUGUCGGUUUCCAGAGUUUGCUUCUGAGCCUCGUAAUGUAAGACUUGGCUUGUGUACAGAUGGUUUUGCUCCUCAUGGUAAGUUUGGGGGUCAAUAUUCUUGUUGGCCUGUCAUUUUGACCCCUUAUAACUUGCCUCCCUCAAUGUGCAUUGAUUAG